UUCAACUAAAUCAGCACGCUGCCGUUUCAUCCUUUCCUCAACCCUCCAGCCCGCCCUGACCGAGUCCAUUAAACCCUACAAGUUCAACUUGUUGUAUAUCCGUUAAACCCUAAAAAACCAUAGUGACUGACAGGAGUUCAACAAUGGCCGGCUCCGAAGCCACCCCUAAAGCUCAACGAUCGAAGAACAAAAAGAGAAAGCAGAGGAGUCUCGGAGCAUCCGAAAGACCUUCCAAAACGCAGCGUAUUAAUGUCUCAGAGAAGGAGAGUGAACCGCAAGAAAUGAUUGAAGUUGGCGCAGAUGAAAAGCACGAGGCGAGAGAACCCAGUCACGAGCUCGAAGAAGGCGGUCCAUGGCGGAACCUGGAGUUGGUUUUGUCAAUCCAGAACAAAGAAAUUGAUCUUGAGAAGAAGGUGGAACUAGCUUAUGGUUUUGUGAUAUCUAGAGUGAAAGAAGAAGGCGGCAAGAGUAACCAGGAUACUCAAGCAGUCAGUAUGUCACGUUUAAUAAUUUUUGUCAAUGAUUGGAUCCAGUCAUUGUUGAUUUCUUCAGGAAAGAAAAUUCAGAGUGGUGGAGAGAAGCAUCAAGCCGAAGUUAUUGACACAUAUUUGGAUGUUAGAUGCUGGGAAAUUUUCAAAUUCUGUUUGGAGGAGUCUUUGAAAGUGAAUGUUUCUCUAAAUUUCUCACGGAACCUUUUACGUUCUAUUGAUUUGAUCGCAAGAAAUGCACUGUCCUUAUUGAACAAAACAUCUUCACGCCCAACUUUGUUUUCCAGCAGUGAAGGGUUACAAUUGUACAAUACUGUGCUUGAUUGCAUAGCUUUGGUGUUUUCAUCCCAUGGAGGCUUAUCAAAUGAAAAUUUAGAUCUGUGGGUUUCAACUGUAGGUGCAGUGCUUGAUCUAGUCCACAAAUUUUACAGUGAAAAUCUUGCCUAUGGCAACGGAGGUCACUUUGUUUUCCGAUUUGUGAGCUUGGUGUUUGAGCCAUUUGCCAAGUUUUUGAGGGCCCACCCAGCUCGGAAGAAGGGAUUUCGUGAUUUUAUCGAUAAACUCCUUGAGCCUCUGUUGCAUCUCUUGGGUCUCUUGCAUCUUCAGAUUGAGGGAAUUAAUCCUGAUUGGACAAGAAACUUAUUGAAGCUAGUUGAAGAAGUAUUAUCUCAUGGGCUAUAUCACCCAAUCCACAUUGAUGGAUUUUUGAGCUUGUGCAGUAGUGAAAAAUAUGCCACAUCCAAUUCUGGGAAGUCAAAGGACUCCAAAACAACGCUCAAGAGUUAUCACAGACAUUUAUUUGAUAAACUGGAAAGAAUUUUAGCUGGAAAGAAUGCUUUGGCAGUGGAAAGCAUAGGAGAACUAUUUCGCUUGCUCAUCGAUCAAGUUAAAAAGCUAAAAAGGGCUUCAGUGCUGACUGAAAAUACCAAAAUGAUGGGGAAGACUGAAGGUUCAACUAGUACUACACUAGCUGAAAAGAAUUACUGCUCAACUAGCUUCAAUGCGGAAACACGAAAGUCACUUCUUGAUUUUUUUGUACUGAUUAUGGAGCCUCUUCUGCUUGAGAUUAACGGCUAUCUUGAAGCUAAGCUGGAAAUGGGACCUGUAUUGUUGGAUGUUCAUUGCACACUUAAAUCUGUUAAUAAUUUAGUUUUUGGCUUUAUGCAUGAAAAGGUUUAUGUGAGAACGGAGGAUACAUCUGCUGGAGCUUGCCUUAAUUUCUUGAAGAAGGUUUAUAAUAUGAUUAUAUCAUUGUCCUCCAAUUUAAUUCAGUCAUCGAAAUAUGAUGUAGUUAACGGGACACACGUGGAUGCUCUAACUUUAAUAGCCAAUGAGGUGCUUUCUGCUGUGGGGUAUCUAUUGGAAAUUGAAUAUGAGGUUAUAGAGAAUGAUUUGGUAAGCUUGUGGCUUCUGAUGCUUUCUCACUUAGCCAUUGGGCUUUCACUGAUGGAUGUUCCGGAUCGGUGCUCAUUAUCUUUCAAGAUAAACGAUAUUGGAUGCCAAUUAAUUGUUCUCUAUAGUCAACUUCGCCAGGUGAAUAAUACUAUUUUUGCAUUGUGUAAAGCAAUAAGGCUUCUAAGUUCACAUAAUGGUGAUGGUGAACGAAACUAUACUAGAUUUGUGAUUUCUUUACAUGGUGAAGCUUAUGCAAAAUCAGUGGAAAUGUUAUUAUGCUCGCAAGAGUUUAAGAUUGCAAUCCAACAAGCUAUAAAUUCCAUACCAGAAGGCCAAGCAAGUGGGUGUAUUGGGCAGUUAACUGUCGAUAUAUCAGAAACUCUAGAGUGGAUGAAAAUUAGUUGUUCAAAAUCUGAUGAAAAGGAAGUUGACAAAUGGGAUGUGCAAAGUAGCUCGCAUGGUUUUAAUCUGGAAGCUGAGCUUUUGGGGAGAGGGUUGUCUGAAAUGUAUGCACUAGUGCUAGACUCACUAUUUGCCACACCUGGAAACUGUAAUCUCCUUGGAGUUUCUAUAAAGGACCUUAUAGCAGUACUUUUUCCUUGCAUGGGCCGUCUGGUUUCACAAAAGCCAGAUUCUUUAAACAAGUUCCUUUUUUCUGUCACAGGAAAAGGUUUUGAUAAUGAGACAGCUGAGAACAAAACUAAUUUGCUGAUAUUUGGAUUGUCCACUCAUUGGGUUUUUGUGUUCUUCUUUCGAUUGUAUAUGUCCUGCCAAAGCUUAUAUAGGUCAGCAACGAGCCUUAUGCCUCCAGAUUUAUCAAGAAAGAUGUCAGCAGCAAUGGGAGAUUCAUUCACAUCAUACUCUGGUAAUGAUUGGAUGGAGAUGACUGACUGGACCAGUGGGGGAUAUUUUUCUUGGAUCAAGCAACCUUCAGCUCCUCUUCUUGUUGUUAUUCAAUCCAUUUCAAACAUCUAUUGUAAGAACUGUGCGACAGAUUCUUGGUCUUUGACUUAUGUAAUGCAUGCUAUGGCUUUUAGAAGGCUUGUUGAUUUGAAUAGGCAUAUAAAGUCUUCUGAAUAUGUGAUGCAACAUAACAAAAAUCUGGUGCAAGUCAGGUUGUCUGAAGAUGCUGGCUUGUCAAGGUGUCGUAAAAGAAUCAAACAGUUGGAAAGGCACAUCUCUGCCUUGAAGGAAGAGGCGGCAGGUCUUGCUGGUUUUCUGAUGGAGCACCUAUCAUUAGUGUCUGAAGAUCAACGGCCAAUCUUCACUUCUGAUGAUACAAGUUGUACUAAAAUGGUUGCCCAUGAAACUGAUGAAUGGGAUUUCAGUGUUUCUGCUUUGAACAAGAAGUCACUGCCAACUGCAAUUUGGUGGAUUCUUUGCCACAAUAUUGAUACCUGGUGCACUCAUGCGACUAAAAAGAAUUUGAAGACAUUCCUUUCUCUUUUAAUCCAAACUUCCCUUCCCUGUGUAAGAAGCAGCUUUGGGGUGGUUAGAGAGCACAAUAACCAUGUAGCUGACAGGAUGAAGAAAGUAACCUUGCAUCAAAUCUCAUCACAUUGCUUCAUUGACUCCAUUCUGUAUGAGCAAAGAUUUGUCUGCAGGCAUUUUGCAUCAAGUUUUUGCCGUGCAUUGGAGAAAUCGACAAUACAAUUCAUCAGUGACUUUUCAUCUGGCGAUAUUGAUUUCAAAUCAUCACCAAAUUGGCCGAAAGUUUUAAAUGACCUGGAGAACUCAUCAGUGGUUGUUUCCUCUAAUAAACAUAACAUAUUUGACCGUUCCUCUGUAGCAAAUCCGGUCACUCGUGCUUCUGAUAAGCUGCUUACAGGAAGUUGCAAGGAACAAAAUGCCCUACCAUUGACCAUCAUGAAAUUUACAACUUGCCAGAGUUUACUUAAUCUUUUGUGCCAUAUGCCAAAAGGUCAUUUGAGUUCAAGAUCAAUUUCACUUUAUGUGACUUCUAUUCUCAACCUUGAAAGGCUUCUUGUUGGCGGCUUAUUAGAUUGUCAGAAUGCAUUGAACUCACAUCAUUAUCACGAGCUCUUCAGAUUGUUUGUGUCUUGCCGGAAGGCCUUAAAAUGCGUAAUUCUGGCUUGUGAAGAGAAGAUGGCAGCUUGUCAAACCUCACAUGCUUCAGUGUUACUUGAGGAUGCAUUUCCUGUGUCAUGGCUUUACAAGUCAGUUUAUGCGGUUCUUGGGAUUCAAGAGUCAUUUUCAAAAGAUAAUCAACUCCCAUUUAAUGACAUGAUCUUGUCGCUGAUGGAUCACACAUUUUAUGUGUUUCUGACAUCAAGUAAGUAUCAACUUAAUCAUGUCGAUCAUCGUCCUAAAGCUGCCAAACUGAAUGCUGAAAUUGUCCAUGAACAUAGUAAUUCAAGUGAAUCUGAUCAGUGCUUGGAUCCUUCCAACUCUAUUGAUGCUAGGAAAAGUGUAGCCAUUAUUGCUAAGAGUUUGACGGAACAGAUGCAAAGCUUACUAUUGACUUUGAAGAAUGGCCCUUAUAACAGAAAAGUGGGGAUUGAUGUUGAUGCUCUGAAUUUGAACAAGUUUUCAUCCUUAGUUUCUUGCUUUAGUGGGUAUUUAUGGGGCCUAGUAUGUGUUGUGAACCAUACAAAUGUGAGAAAUAGUGAUCAUGAAGCAAACUCAUCAAGGCGGAAACUUGAAUCCAUCACCGAACUCAACCUCUGUAUAAAUGUUUUUGCAGAGUUUUCUAGUCUUCUCUUACAAAUGUUGCUUUUCGACGAUAAACAACAGUCCAGAACUUUAUGUGAUGCUCAAAAUAUUCAAAAGACAAAGGUAGAGUCCAGUGCAGAGGAUUUUAUACCACAAGGCACUGGUGUUGAGACUAAUAUUGCUUGUGGUGGACUGCAUAAUGAAUCUGGAGUUGCAAUGACCUGCUCAGCAUCACCUGACAUCCAUGAUGACUCAGGAUCUGGUAGUGUCCGUAGAAGAAAGUUGCACUUGAAAGGUGCUGUUUUGGCUGCCAGUGCACUGAGUGAUGUUGAUUCAUUUGAAUUGCAAUCUUUAAAUAAGCCUUUGUUGAGACGCCUGCUAAAAGGUGAUUACCCAGACGCAGCAUUUUUGCUCAGGCAGUUGUUUAUUGCAUCUUCAGCUAUUUUGAGGUUGAGUUUGCAUAUGAAUAGUGCUCCCCUGUCCUCAAGCUUGGUGCAUACUUUUACUGGCAUCACACAAGUCCUGUUAUUGGAAUCAGUGGACAUGAAUCAUGUGCCACACUUUUUUUAUUUUGUGUGUUUAGACGGUGUUCUGAAGUAUCUGGAAGAAUUGGCCAAGCAUUUUCCUCUGACUAAUCCUACGCUAUCCAGAAAUUUGUAUGACAAGAUGAUUCGGCUACAGUUAAGGGCUUUGGGGAAAUGCAUAACUUUACAGGGAAAAAGAGCCACCCUAGUAUCUCAUGAGACAGAGUCAAGCACCAAAAUGCUCCAUUCUCCUAUGGGAUUUUCUGAGGCAUCUCUGUCUGGCUGGCCAUACUUAUUAGAUGAACUUAAAGCUAGGUUGAGGUCAUCGUUCACAGUGUUCAUAGAGAGACCAUCAGAGUUGCAUCUUUUAUCAGCUUUACAAGCUAUAGAGAGAGCACUAGUUGGUGUGCGGGAAGGGUGCACCAUGAGUUAUGACAUACAUACUGGAAGUGCAGAUGGGGGAAAGGUUUCUUCAGUUGUUGCAGCUGGCAUUGAUUGCUUGGAUUUGGUUCUGGAAUUUGUUUCAGGACACAAACGUUUGAAGGUUGUUAAAAAAUACAUCCAGAGCUUCAUUGCUAGUGUGUUCAAUGUUAUUCUACACUUGCAGAGUCCACUAAUCUUUUAUGAGCGAGUGGUCCAGAGUAAAGGUGAUACUGAUACUGAUACUGAUCCAGAUCCAGGAACAGUUAUUCUUAUGUGUGUUGAUGUACUGGUUAGAAUUUCUGGCAAACAUGCUCUGUACCAAAUGGAGCCCUGGCAUGUAGCACAAUCUUUACGUAUACCUUCAGCACUUUUUCAAGACUUCCAUCUCUUAAAACUUUCAGAAGCUCCCAUUCCUGAUGAUUCUUCAACAAUUCCAAAUAACCAAUUCUCUAAUCCAGUAGCAAGUUUACAUUUCUCUGGCAUAGAUAGGCAAUACUCGGUUGACCUAUUUUCUGCUUGCUGCCGAUUGUUACAUAAUGUUCUGAAGCAUCACAAAAGUGAAUGCGAACGGUGCGUUGCUAUACUUGAAGCUUCUGUUCGUGUACUUCUUCAUUGUUUGGAGACAGUGGAUGCUGAUGCAGUCGUCAAGAAAGGUUUCUUUUCAUGGGAAGUGGCUGCUGGAGUCAAAUGUGCUGGUAGUCUCCGAAGGAUUUACGAAGAGAUAAGACAUCAAAAAGAUGUCUUUGGUCCGCACUGUGCCCAAUUUUUAUCUAAUUACAUAUGGGUUUAUUCAGGAUAUGGCCCCCAUAAAACAGGCAUCAAAAGGGAAAUAGAUGAAGCUCUAAGACCAGGUGUAUACGCGCUAAUAGAUACUUGCUCACCAGACGAUCUUCAACGUCUUCAUACCAUUUUCGGAGAGGGUCCUUGCAGAAACACUUUGGCAACCUUAAAACAUGAUUACGAACUCAAUUUCCAAUACCAGGGAAAAGUCUAACCGAAGCUCUUUCCUACGGUGGGCUAUACAGGCAUCGUCAUUUUGACAUGACUACACAACUCUCCUAACAUAACAUCAACUUCCAUUGACAGAGGCCAUUGAAUCUUGAUGGGACAUCACUGUUGCAGAAGAGAGGCCCCCUCCUCAUACCCGGUUCUGGUUUUCUUGGCGGUGGCCACUGUGCUUCUUCUUCUGUCGUCUUUGAUCUCCUUCGAUGUUGAAACCCCCACGUUUGAGAUCAACUGGGGGCUCAUAGCCAUGCCGUUGCUGUUGCUAGCGGUUGUGCAUUGGUUGUCGUCGGAAACUCCCAAGAAGCCGUAUUGUAUGCCUCCACCGUGUUGGAAGUGUGGGCCCCCUUGCAAGUGUGGCUACUUCUGAAAAAGUGCUGCUGUAGUUUCAAGAGAGCUGGUUUGUCUAGUACUCAUCUUCGACUAAGAGGGUUGAUUUCCUUGUUGGUUUAAUUAUUGUAUGUAAUGAGUUAAAGCUGUUGGUACUCGAUCAAGUUUGGGUAAAAUAUGGUUGUAACAUGAUUCUGAUUUCGUGAAUAUGAUUGUAAAUUUCGCAUGUGUUUUUCUUGUAUUCUUCACUAUCCUCAGCUGGUGACGCCAUUGCACAAGCGAAUCGAAAUACCAAAUUUUCGUCGA